AACUUUUCUGUCAGAGCAGAAUAUUACGUAUACGUUUCUUCUUCGAAUGAUUUCGAGAAUCGUUCCCGCCAUGUUCCCGCCUACGUUUCUCUGUCUACGCCGUGACUGGUGGCCCUUAUUUCACAGUGGUUUGCACUUCUGCCUGAGCAGCUGACCAAUAGUCUAUGGAUCAGCUGACAUGUUUGUUUUGAAUUUUGAAUACGCAGACUGUUGCUACACAGGGAGUCUGGAAAAGUCGCUCGAGUAAAUGUUACGAAGUAUCAGUCUUCUAUUUUCUUUCGGUAAAGAUAGGAAGAAAGGAGAAAUGCUUCCAAGUGUUUGCAGCUUAACCUCAGCCUUGGAGCGUUGAGACCGGCCGGGAAGGGAGGAACUUGCUUGCCGCAACCGGUUUUCGUUCUCCCAAGUCCAUUCUGUAUUUCCUUUCAUUUGAAUGUGUUCCUGACCGUAUUGUUCUUAAAAAGAAGUGCCAUAAGUAAGAAAAAGGUUAUUACACAGAUUGCAUUGUGCCGAUUAGUAAGACAUAAAAAUAUUACUCUCUUCAAGGCAACGGAUGUCUAUAAUAAAGAGGAUUAAUUGUUGUCAACGAUCGUAUCCGUUCCUGUUACAGGGUUAAGUUCAUCAAUAGCAACAAGUAUGAGUUGUUUUAGCGAUUUGCAUCAAAUAUCGGAUAUUUCCGGUAUCUCGACGAUCUCCCAAUUCAGUGGCAGACUAUUUAGCGUAAUGGAGUCGUCGCAAAGCUUGUUAGACAGUUAUUCCAGCGCUGUAAGAAACCACGAUAGGGUUGCGAUCGCUCGGGAAACAGGCGCGAUCGAGAAAGCGCUAAACUCCUUGGUAUUGUGCGAGGAGAACAUAAGUGAACACGUUAAAAUCAAUAUUGUCUAUCAGUGUACGAAGAAGGUAUCGUUGAACAAGGGAAACAUCUUGUCCAAGAGCACGGCGAGUAAAUUGCAAAACUUGCUUCUAAUUCACGAGCUGGAUAAGUACAUGCAUCUUUCUUCGACGACGAAGCACAUGCAAAAUAAACUGGUGCUCCUAGGAAUUAUGGAUCUACCGUCCGCCGACUUGAAUCCCGAUGAGAAACUAGAGGUGAAAUGUUGCGUCGAGACAAUGCUGCGAGAAAUGUUGCACGAUACGGUGUUAAAGUACGAAGCCUUAGGGGGAAAUGCCAAGGAAGCCGCGAAGAACAGCGAGUGUAAAAUGCCCAAGAAAUUUUUGGAACACCACGACGUGCCGGCGGUUCGAUGGAGAAAUAAGAUCGAGGAUUUGAGUCGGCAGUGCGAAAGUGAUUUGCUGAAAUACAUAAGGCUGAUGGACAAGUGGAAUAAGCUGAAGUACGAGAACGUGAGCCAGGCGUACUUGGAAAGGACGGGACACUUGUUGCUGCAGGCGCAGGUCGCCGAGUUGCAGGCCAAGUUAACGAAGCUCUCUUGCACAAUCAGAAUGUUCAAAGAGACCUCGACCACCGUUGAUGCUUUCAAGAUGCUAAAUCGGUUAGUCGACGAGAAGUUGAAAGUAGUCACGGAUGAGAUCUGCCAGAAGGAAGAUUUAAAGAAGCAGUACGACAAUCUGAAAAACGCGGAGUAUGAUCAGGUGUUGCUAAUCUACUCGCAGCUUUGCAACGCGAUAAAGAAGAAGAGACACAUGUUGGACAUGUUGAAAUAAUUCUGCGAAAUAAAUGGAGGAUUUAUAUAUCAUAACAAUGAAAAUAACACAAAUACAUGUACGUGUAUAUACAUAUAUCUGAUUUAAAGAGUGAUAUUUGUU